GGCUUUUCUGCAAUACAUCAACAUGUUAAGAAGGAGCAAAAAAAAGUUUAGGCCAUUAUGGUUGGUUUCACUGACUGUUGCGCCUUUAGAAAUAUACCUCGCUGUGUGAGCCACUGGGCUGAAUCCGAGACGAGACAACAAGAGGCGUCACAACUGCCGAGACCGCGCGUUUCUGAGCUGGGUUUACGAGGGUUGAAGAAUAAGGAGCAAGUUGCCAGCAGUAGACUACACAACGCGAGUUCUGCGAAUCUAUUCGCUGCUGGGGCCAGGUAUGUUUGUCAGUUUCUAAGGAUAAGGAUUGCGUCGCUGAUAUCAAGGUUGAGGAUGUAGAACAGGUGCGCGGAACUAAGCUGGGACCUGGCUAAUUUUGGAAAAAUAAUUGUAGGCUAUAUUCGGGCAACAGUUGUUUGUGCUCAAUUCAACGAUAUAGUAGUUCGAGGAUAUGUUCAUCAAAUUGAUACAUCGACUCUCUCAAGUGGAGUUUAGGCUAUGUGAGUAGCGUAUCAUAGGCUCAACUACGGAGCAGUACAACAUUUACUUAUUGGCUAUUGUGCACAAUAGACUAUUAGACAACUGUUUCAGACCGAUUCACUGAAAAUGAAGUAGGUUACUGAUUCAGAAGUAGAGCUUCAUUGCCCAACCACUCAAGAAUUUAGCGCGAGUUAGAACCCAAGCUACCCCGCGAUUGAUCUCGCCCCCUGCGAUAACACUGACGCAGAUACUCGUGCGCUACAGUCUAUUGAAUUGCAGACACUCGGGUGACGUUCCAGUCAUUCAAUGUACGGGAUGUUCAUACGGAUAAUGCUUUGAGAUGACAGUUGCUCAAGGAAUGGAUUACAGCCACAGUGAGCAGAUUGUCUCAUCUCGGUGCAAAAAUCAUAUUUUGAGUGAUAGCGUUUUAGGAGAAUAGCUGCUUGUCUCGUCUCUCAAACAACCAGUGUCUGGGACUCUCAAGGAUUACACGAGGGGUUAAACAUGUCCAAAACGCUGAAGAAGAAGAAGCACUGGUCAGGCAAAGUCCAGGAGUGCGCCGUGUCAUGGGGGAACGCCGGGGAGUUCGGCUCGGUUGUGGAGGUACUAGGGGGAGCGGAGCUAGGCUACUUCCCGAACCUGGGACAGGUGAUUACCGAGGCGAUGGUCUGUCACGUCGGGAGGUUACCGAACAGCGGGGACGUGCUUCUGGAAGUGAACGGCACCCCUGUCAGUGGUCUGACCAACCGAGACACCCUUGCUGUCAUCCGCCACUUUCGGGAGCCCAUCCGUAUCAAGACCGUCAAACCAGGCAAGGUUCUGAAUACAGACCUGCGUCACUACCUCAGCCUGCAGUUCCAGAAAGGUUCGCUGGACCACAAGCUCCAGCAGGUGAUCAGGGAUAACCUGUACCUGCGCACCAUUCCCUGUACCACGCGGCAGCCCAGAGAGGGGGAGGUUCCUGGAGUGGACUAUAACUUCAUCAGUGUAGGGGAGUUCCGUGUGCUGGAGGAGAGUGGCCUGCUGCUGGAGAGUGGAACCUACGACGGGAACUACUACGGGACGCCCAAGCCCCCAGCGGAGCCCAGCCCGGUGCAGCCUGACCUGGUAGAUCAGGUGCUGUUUGAUGAGGAGUUUGAUACAGAGGUCCAGAGGAAACGCACCACCUCUGUCAGCAAGAUGGACAGGAAGGACAGUGCAGCCCCCGAGGAGGAGGACGAGGAGGAGAGAGAGAGGUCUCCCCUGGUCAACGGACUCACAGAGCACAAGGACAAGGCUGGACAGGAGUGGAGGAAGGCUGUACCCAGCUAUAACCAGUCCAGUAGUGGGGCUGUGGACUUCCGGACCUGGAGCACCUUACCACGUGACGAGAGCCAGGAACCGCUGCCCAAGACCUGGGAGAUGGCCUACACAGAGACGGGCAUGGUUUACUUCAUAGAUCACAACACCAAGACCACUACCUGGCUGGACCCCAGGCUGGCCAAGAAGGCCAAGCCCCCGGAGAGGUGUGAGGAUGGAGAACUUCCGUAUGGCUGGGAAAAGAUUGAGGACCCGCAGUAUGGAAUCUACUACGUGGACCAUAUCAAUCAGAAGACCCAGUUUGAGAACCCAGUCCUGGAAGCCAAGAGGAAGCUGAGCCUGGACACCCCCUCCCCUGGCCUGCAGGGGGUUAACACAUCCUCAGAUGAGCCUGUUGUGGGUGUGAGGGGUUUCGUACGGGACCCAGCCCAUCUCCAGGGCUCCAUUCUGAGGACAAAUCUGAGGAAGAGCCCCCAGGGGUUUGGCUUCACCAUCAUUGGGGGAGACCGCCAUGACGAGUUCCUCCAGGUGAAGAACGUGCUCCGAGACGGGCCCGCCGCGCACGACAACAAGAUGACCUCUGGUGACGUCAUCGUGGACAUCAACGGACUGUGUGUCCUGGGGAAGACUCAUGCUGAUGUGGUUCAGAUGUUCCAGUCUAUCCCAGUCAACCAGUACGUGGACAUGGUGCUGUGUCGGGGUUACCCCCUCCCUGAGGACCCCAGUGGGGGUGACGACACCUCCUCGUGGGACAUAGCCACAGCCCUGGCCCCCGAAGCCACCCCUUCAUUUUCGACCUCUAACCCCCAGGAGAUACACUAUGUCACCAGCCCAGACGGCACCCUCCCAAGACAGACAACAGCUGUCCCAGCCAUGUCCAACGGGGGGCGCCACUACCCUGAGGGUCCAGACCUCACGCUGUUGCAGCCGGAGCUGGUGGGUGUACCCCUGGUGAAGGGGCCAGGAGGGUUCGGCUUUGCCAUUGCAGACUGCCCCCUGGGCCAGAAGGUGAAGAUGAUCCUGGAUGCCCAGUGGUGUCAUGGCCUGCUAAAGGGUGAUGUAAUCAAGGAAAUCAACCGUCAGAACGUCCAGACAAUGAGCCACUCCCAGGUGGUGGACAUCCUGAAAGACCUACCUGUGGGGAGCGAGGUCAACGUGCUAGUUCUCAGAGGAGGUCAGACAUCUCCCGUGAAGUCUCUAAAACCUUGCACUGCUCCCAUGUCUCAGCAGAGGCAGGAGAGAAAGGAGAAGGAGAUGACAACCAGCACAGAGACCCUCAGCACCCCAGAGCCAGCCCUGACCCCCGCCCCACAGCCCCUUCCCUUUUCCUCCAACAGCAUCCACUCAGCCUCCCCCAAGCCUGACCCCUCAGAACUCUACCUCAAGUCCAAGGCCCUGCUGGACAGCAAACCCCCCAACACCAAGGACCUAGAUGUCUUCAUCAAGAGGAACCAGGAGUCGGGCUUUGGUUUCCGAGUCUUAGGAGGAGAGGGGCCAGAUCAGCCCGUGUACAUUGGUGCCAUCGUGCCCCUAGGCGCGGCAGAGAAGGACGGACGUCUUCGGGCAGGUGAUGAACUCAUGUGUAUCGACGGGGUGCCAGUCAAGGGCAAGUCUCACAAGCAUGUGCUGGAGCUGAUGACCAAUGCUGCCCGCAAUGGACAGGUCAUGCUGACAGUCCGCAGGAAAUUGGCACAUACAGAGGGCAGUGGAGAGGAGGAUGGUGGUAGUGGUCAGCAGCAGGUGGCUCCAGCCCUGGUCAAUGGCUCCCCCAAGCUGCCCCGCAUCCAGGUCCCUACAGCCAGCUCCCCCCACCAACCAGAAUGCUACGACAUCACCCUGCAACGCAAAGACAACGAAGGCUUCGGCUUCGUCAUCCUUACCUCCAAGAACAAGCCUCCUCCCGGAGUUAUCCCUCACAAGAUUGGUCGCAUCAUCGAGGGCAGCCCCACAGACCGUAGCGGUCAGCUGAAGGUGGGCGACCAUAUCUCAGCGGUCAACUCCCAGUCCAUCAUGGAACUGUCCCACAACGACAUCGUCCAACUCAUCAAGGAGGCCGGCAACACUGUCACCCUCACUGUGGUGCCAGAGGAUGAGAAUAGUGGCCCUGCAUCUGAAACCAGUUCAGCCAAGCAGAGCCCUGCAGCACAGCACAGAGCUAUGGGCCAGCAGCCUGCCAGCCACACUGACAGGAAUGGAGACGCCCUGGAGUAUAAGUCCCUUCCACCCAGCGAGAUGGGACAACUCAUCACCUCAGACCCCAAGCAGGGUGGUUUCCAUGUGGAGCUGAAGCGAGGCCCCCUGGGGUUUGGCUUCAGUCUGCGGGGAGGGAAGGAGUACAACAUGGGCCUGUUCAUUUUGAGACUGGCGGAGGAGGGCCCUGCACUGAAGGACGGCAGGAUACACGUAGGAGAUCAGAUUGUGGCGAUCAACGGUGAGCCCACCCAGGGCAUCACACACACCCGGGCCAUCGAGCUGAUCCAGGCUGGGGGCACCAAGGUCCUGCUGCUCCUCAGACCUGGCCUGGGCCGGGUCCCCGACCCCAGUAUGAAGGAGAAAGUGAACAAUUCACCCUCAAGCUUUCCUAGACUCUCUGCAUCCAACCAGCAGUCAUCCCCCACCUCUCCAUCCUCAAUCUCCCUGUCCACCUCCGAGCUUUCCCGCCCCUCCUCCGCCAACAACUCUGCCCCCGAGGAGCCCUCUGACUGGGAUAUGUCUGCUGCAGCUGCACCCUCCCCCUCCAGGCUGCUGGGGCCCAACAAGGCCAGAGGGCAGCAGCCUCACCACCAUAGCCAGAGGAGAGCCAACAGCCCCAACAACAACACCCUCCCCAAGAAAAGUGAUUCCAUCACCUCCCACAGCGACAAGCAUGCUAACCCCAAGAGAUCCACCGAAGUCCAGGCUGAAACCAAGGAGCGCUCCCAGAGCCCCAGGAAGACCGACAGAGUAGACCGAGACAACAAGGCAGGGAGUGCUGAACACAAGAAUGGCUCAGUGGAGGGAGACCUGAGCAGCGAGAGGAAGGCCCAUGGCCAGAGAGAGGGCCGGAAGGGUCGAGAGUGCCGCUCUUCCAGCCCCAGGAAGAUGACCUCAAAGAGGGAUCCGGAGGCAGCAGUCUCCAGGCAGCCCUCGAAGGGCCAGGAGGGUCAGAGGCACUCUAGGGGGCAGCAUCCCAUCUCCGACCCUGCCCCUGGUAAGGGCACUCUGGGGAGAGAAAGGAGAUACAAGGAGGAGGACCCCUCUCACAGACAAGAGAGGGAGACGAGAACCAGCGAGCGCCGCAGGAAGGACACAUGGGUGGAGCGAGAGGCAGAGCCUCUUAGAUCCCAGACACAGAAGGAGAAGACAGGGCCGGACUCAGAGGGCGGAACCCUGAAUCGAAGAGAGUGGAGUCAGAGAGAGGGCAAACACAGAGCGGCAGCGGAGGAAGAGAAUCAGAGGGACACCCUGGAUAGCACCAGUAGUGCUGCUAGCCAGGACUCCACAUGCAACAGGAACCCCAGCAGCAAGAAGCAGGCCACCAUCACCCCAGGGCCUUGGAAGGUCCCUAGUUCAGCCAAAAUCCACUCUCAUGUGGAGGGAAACUGAUGGAUCGUAGACUGACUAACCUGUCCAAUACAGAUACAUACACAGCUUCUACAGUUCUGCUCAUUUGCAGCAUGAUGACAUUUAGAAUGGACCAAUGAGGAUUGAGAAGAUUUAGGCUAUUUUGCAUCACUGUGUUACUCCAUAUCAUCACAUUGCCUCUUAUUGCAUAUCAGUGCUUCUUUUCACAGUUUGCUUCAGCCAACCUUCCUACAGGCUGUUUUAAUGUCCAGAGUUCAGUCAGUUUGUGGCUCAGAUGCAGAUGCAGAGCCUGUUGAUCUGGAGGAUGUGAAGUCCAAUCUGUUUUGUGCCAAUCAGACUCCAACCUGCUGUGAGGAAGUUGGUCCAUGUCAUGUGAUGUAUCGUCCUUUCUGUGAUGUGAAACUCUUUUGUGGUUGAAUGAAAGGAGAUGCUUCCUCUCUGAUGCUGGCUUUGAUGAAGGAUGUUGAUGUUUGUCACUACUGUAUGAAGGUUUUAAAGACAGACUCUUAUCCAGGCAAUCACUCAGCAUGUUCUGUUCCUGGUGGCUGGUGGGAUUGAUCCACUGCUAUGUACCUGAUGGAUGUAUAAAGAGGUGAGGGUGAUUUCUCCUCACGUCACUGGGAGAUCAGGGGGGUUUGGGUUUUCAAUCAUUUUCUGUCCAUAUCUACAAAUCCAGUCCAGACAUGUUAACUGGUGUGUAGGCUACAUGCUCUGUGCAGACUCGGAAUCACUGUUGUCAUCAGCUUUGCAGUGGAUUUUAGAUCAUUACGGAAAAGCGUUAUAUGUAUAUCUAUGUGAAGACCAGACACUUGUGGUUAGGUAUAUUGUUUACUACUACACCCGUGUGUUUAUUAUGAAGCAUAUUGUAAUUUAUUGAGAUUAAAUGACAAAGAAUAAGUAUAUAUGUGUCCAUACUGAGCCAUUCCAUAUUUUGAUGUACUGACCACAGGAGGUUGGUGGCACCUUAAUUGGGGAGAACGGGCUCAUGGUAAUGACUGGAGUGGUAUCAGUGGAAUUUUUGUUUGAUGUCAUUCCAUUAAGCCGUUCCGGACAUUAUUAUGAGCCGUUCUAGUGGUUAGAGACAUCACCACUGAACAUGUUCAUUUGCUUUAUUGCAGGAGAACCUUCCUUUCCUCAAACUUGUAGUGUAUUUCAGGUUUAAAAAGACUUCUGACACUUUCAAAUUUCAGUCUUGAUUUUCCCUUACGAAAAAUGUAUCAACCCCUACAAAAGUGAACAUGAAUUAUAAUCCACAUAAUAAUUCACAUUUCCUGUUCCUGCAGGAUUAUUUUCCUACUGUAGCAAACUGGCUCAAGUUAAGAUCUUACAUCUGUACUUCAAUUAUUGCUCAUCACUACUGUGUUUUAGUGUACAUUACAUUCACGUCACUGUAUCAAUAACUGUGCCCCCAUGUUGGAUGAGCCAUGUCAAUCACUUAUGAUAAUUCUAUCCCAUAUUAGUCUAUGAUCCGUAUACAUUGUAUUUCUAUCCAUUCACAGCCCUUUCACAUCCUUAAUCUGUAAUGUUGUUUAUUGUAAGCAGCCAUUUUAGAUCCUCUGGUAAAAUGUGUUUACUACAAGCUGACAGGUGUGUAUUUUAGACAGUGCUGUAGCUUUGACUGUACGUUAUCUAAUAUGUGUAUGAUUUAGCCAGGUGUUUUCUAAUCUAAAUGUGGGGGUAAAUUAGUAGUAUUGGCAGAUUGAGGUUAAAAAGUGAGACCUUUGCAUUUUUAUGACACCACAACGUCUUCUUCCAACGUGCACAUCAAAAUGUGCUUUUCAUUUUACACCAGUCCAAGAUGUUAAUAUUAAAUACAUCUAAAAACUACAGUAAUACCAAACAUAUCCUGAUAUAUUCUGGCACACAUCAGACCAAGGUUUCCCAAACUCAGCCCUGGGUGCACAUUUAGUUUUUUGCCCUACCACUACACAGCUGAUUGAAAUAGCCAACUCAUCAUCAAGCUUUGAUUAUCUGAAUCAGCUUUUGUAGUGCUGGGGCAAAAACCAAAAUGUGCACCCAGGGAAGAGUUUGGAAAACUAUGCUUUGGAUCAGUGGUUCCCGAACAGUGGUGCGCGGAACUCCCUAGGGGAGGGCUCCCGAGUGGCGCAGCAGUCUAAGGCACUGCAUCUAGAGGCAUCACUACAGACCCUGGUUCGAUUCCAGGCUGUACCGGUUGUGAUUGUGCGCCACCCUAUGGGACUCCUAAUUGGCCAA